AUGUCGGAAAAUCCUAUAGUAUUUUUUGAUAUUUCAAUUGGAAAUCAACCAGUGGGUAGAAUCAAAAUAGAAUUAUUCGCAGACGUUGUACCAAAAACUGCCGAGAAUUUUAGACAAUUGUGUACGGGAGAAUUCAAGAAAAAUGGAGUACCACAGGGUUAUAAAGGGGCGCAAUUCCAUAGAGUUAUAAAGGACUUUAUGGUUCAAGGUGGUGAUUUUCUAAAGAAUGAUGGGACCGGAUCAUUUAGUAUUUACGGAGAGAAAUUUUCUGACGAAAAUUUUGAAUUAAAACAUACUGGUCCCGGGUUACUUUCAAUGGCAAAUAGCGGGCCAAAUUCAAAUGGAUGCCAG